AUGGCUACACCGGUGAUAGCGCCUGAAAGUCUUCCAUAUCCGAUUACUAUUGAUCAGCUUAUAGCACCCAUUGGUAGUACCGUUAAGAAGGGGCAGCGGCUCUUUGCUUACAAGUUUUGGUACAUGGUUGAAAUUGCUAGCUCCCCUGACGAAAAUGAUGGUAACGGUGGAGCACAGCAUUCAAAGAAGACGGUCAGAGAAUCAAUUGAAUUUUUUGAAUCACCAUUUGAAGGUGAUCUCGUAAGUUGGGAAGUGGAUAGAGGCGAUGAAGUUGCAUCUGCAAGACAAGUGAUAUGUGAAAUUAUGAGACCUUGCAAUCACGAUGUUGUUUAUGGAGGGCUUUGUACAAUGUGUGGUAAAGAAGUUGAUGAAAACGAUCAAAUGGAAGCCAAUCUAGCCAUUUCACAUACUGAUACCAAUUUGAAAGUUAGUCGUAAGGAGGCUGAGGAUAUGGAACAUUUUUUAAAACAAAGAUUAAGACAAUCUAAAAAAUUGGUACUAGUAGUUGAUUUGGACCAAACUGUGAUACAUUGUGGUGUUGAUCCAACUAUUGGUGAGUGGAAGAAAGAUCCAUCCAAUCCAAACUACGAAACUCUUAAGGAUGUCCAAAUGUUUUCACUGGAGGAAGAACCAAUUGUGCCGCCCAUGUACAUGGGACCGAGACUACCUGAAAGAAAAUGUUGGUAUUUUGUUAAAGUUAGACCUGGCCUAAGGGAAUUCUUUGCACAAUUGGCACCACUAUAUGAAAUGCAUAUUUAUACCAUGGCCACUAGAACCUAUGCGCUUGAGAUUGCUAAGAUUAUCGAUCCUGAUGGAUCGCUUUUCGGUGAUCGAAUUUUAUCAAGAGAUGAAAAUGGUUCUUUAACUCAAAAGUCACUAGAAAGGUUAUUUCCAACAGAUCAAUCCAUGGUAAUUGUCAUUGAUGACAGAGGUGAUGUUUGGAAUUGGUGUCCAAAUUUAAUCAAAGUGGUUCCGUACAAUUUCUUUGUCGGUGUGGGUGAUAUAAAUUCAAAUUUUCUGCCUAGGCAACAAUCAGGUCUUUUACAAUUAGGUAGGCGAACGCAUAAGAAACCACAAGAAUCUGAUGAAUUGUUAACAGAUAUUAUGGAUACUGAGAAAAGAUUGCAAGAAAAGAUCGAUGAAGAAGUCAAAAGACAAGAGGAAAAAUUAAGCCAUCAAUUGACCACCAAUGAUGAACCAGUUCAAGGAGAAUCUAAGGAACAAUUGACGAAAAAAUUAGAAUAUUCCGCAUCAUUAGAAGUUCAACAGCAGAAUAGACCAUUAGCUACUUUACAAAAACAUAUGCAUAAUCAGAGGUUAUUGGUAGAUGACGAUGAUGAAUUAUACUAUUUGAAGGAUACUCUGGCGAAAAUACAUCGUAAAUAUUAUAAACUUCUAGAUGAAGGUAAUGAAAACAGUGCAGAUAUCCAAUCCUUAGUGCCAACUAUGAAAGGACAGGUUUUCAAAGAUUGUUAUUUUGUAUUUUCAGGUUUGAUACCGUUGGGCACAAAUAUUAGAAGAGCAGAUAUUGUUCUUUGGACUGGAAUGUUUGGUGCUAUUACAUCAUCAGAAAUCGAUGAAAAUACAACACACGUUAUAACAAAGACACCGGGUACUUAUAAGGCAAGAAUUGCCAAGGGUUUUAAUGAAAACGUUAAAGUAGUCCAUCCGGAUUGGGUAUUUGAAUGUUUGGUCACUUGGACACAUGUUGAUGAAAAACCCUACGAAUUAAUCAUUCAAGAUCCAGCAACAGAAGAAGAGAUUCAAGAUUUCAAACGCAAGAUCGAACAGCGUCAUCUAAUUGAAGAGCAACGUAGAGAGCAAUUCGAAUCAGAGGCUCUAAUGAAAACGGCACAGGAUAGCACGCUUAAUCUGUUUGCAGGCGGAACGUCAUGGCUCAAUGAUGAGGAUGAAGAAAUUUCUGAAGAUGAGGAGGACGAUAAUGAUGAUGAGGAGGAGGAGGAGGAGGAAGAUGUUGCUGAUGGCGGCUAUGGUGCAAAUGAUAUUCCUGAUGGAGGUAACGAAGACAACCGCAAUAAAGAGAACGAUAGUGAUCGUGCACCUACAAAUCAGCAAGAUCAACAGGAUCAAAAGCAAGACCAAGGAGGAGAAAAACCGCAGGAACAAACAAAGGAUCCGGAAUCUCUGAAAAGGGCAUUACAAAAUUCAGAUUCACAAUCUUCAGAAGAUCAACCGAGCCAAAAGAAGGUCCAUCUGGAAAAUUCGAAGGGUAAUCGUGAGGAUGACAGUGAAUCGGAUCUGGAAGAGGAACUACUCAAUGCAUUAGAUGCUUGA